AACAAGAAAAGACAGAGAGAUUAGGGAGGGAAAGAAUUUGUGAACUUUUUUUGUUUUGUUUUCUUUCUUCCUUCCAUAUCUCUCUGUAGUUUUGUCUUCAAUAAUUUUUUUAAAAAAUUGAACUUUCUGUAGAAAUUGAAGAAAAACAAACCCUUUGAUAUGAUUCGCUUCGUCUUCUCUGGUUCCAAGUCAAAGAUCCUUUGAUACCAUUUCUCCUACUUGCUUUCCCGUUUUUCUAGGGUUCUUGUCCCUUCUUUCAAGAAGGUUUUAAUCGGUUAGUAGAAUUGGUCACGGCUUUGGUAUAUAAUGGGGAAUUGUUGUGGAACAGCGGGAUCGUUGAUUCAGAACGAUAAACAGAAGAAAGGUUUUAAAUUGCCAAAUCCUUUCUCAAACGAUUACGGUAACCACCACGAUGGCCUUAAGCUUACCGUGUUGAAGGAGCCAACGGGUCACGAGAUCAAGCUUAAAUACAAGUUGGGUCGUGAGCUAGGUCGAGGAGAGUUUGGGGUCACGUAUCUAUGCACCGAGAUCGAGACCGGUGAGGUUUUUGCAUGCAAGUCGAUCUUAAAGAAGAAGCUGAAAACGUCUAUUGAUAUAGAGGACGUCAAGAGAGAAGUUGAGAUCAUGAGGCAUAUGCCUGAACAUCCCAACAUUGUUACUUUGAAAGAGACUUAUGAGGAUGAUAAGGCUGUUCAUUUGGUUAUGGAGCUUUGUGAAGGCGGUGAGCUCUUCGAUAGGAUCGUGGCUAGAGGGCAUUAUACUGAGAGAGCUGCAGCUUCGGUUAUUAAGACAAUCAUUGAGGUUGUUCAGAUGUGUCAUAAGCAUGGGGUAAUGCACAGAGACCUAAAACCUGAGAACUUUUUGUUUGCAAACAAGAAAGAAACUGCUUCUUUGAAGGCUAUUGAUUUUGGUCUCUCUGUUUUCUUUAAACCAGGCGAGAGAUUCAACGAAAUCGUUGGGAGUCCUUACUACAUGGCUCCCGAGGUAUUAAGGAGAAGUUAUGGACCAGAAAUUGACAUUUGGAGCGCAGGGGUCAUUCUUUAUAUAUUGCUCUGUGGUGUUCCACCUUUUUGGGCAGAAACCGAACAUGGAGUCGCAAAAGCUAUUCUUAAAUCUGUAGUUGAUUUCAGAAGAGAGCCUUGGCCCAAAGUUUCUGAAAAUGCAAAAGAUCUGGUAAAGAAGAUGCUUCAUCCUGAUCCAAGGCGUCGUCUUACAGCUCAACAAGUCCUUGAUCAUCCAUGGAUACAGAAUGGUAAAAAUGCCCCCAAUGUUUCAUUAGGUGAAACCGUAAGAGCAAGGCUUCAACAAUUCUCUAUUAUGAACAAGCUCAAGAAAAGGGCACUCAGGGUUAUUGCUGAGCAUCUAUCAGAAGAAGAAACAUCUUGCAUAAAAGAUAGAUUUCAAGUAAUGGACACAGGCAAUAGAGGCAAAAUUACCAUCAACGAGCUAGGAAUCGGAUUGCAGAAACUCGGGAUUGUCGUUCCUCAAGAUGACAUUCAAAUCUUGAUGGACGCGGGAGAUGUUGAUAAAGAUGGUUACUUAGACGUCAAUGAAUUUGUAGCCAUAUCGGUACACAUCAAGAAGUUAGGCAACGACGAGCACUUAAAGAAAGCCUUUACGUUCUUUGACAAAAACGAGAGUGGUUAUAUCGAAAUAGAGGAGUUAAGAGAUGCUUUGGCAAAUGAUGUUGAUACUACUAGUGAAGAAGUUAUUGAAGCCAUUAUCCUCGAUGUCGAUACCAAUAAGGAUGGAAAAAUAAGUUAUGAAGAGUUUGCAACCAUGAUGAAAACGGGAACGGAUUGGAGAAAAGCUUCGAGGCAGUACUCGAGGGACCUGUUUAAGAGUCUUAGUCUUAAGUUGAUGAAAGACGGUUCCUUGCAGUCUAAUGGAGAUACAAAGUAGAUAAAAGCUUGGAAUCCGCGACAAAGAUACUUAUUAAUUUAUCAGUCGCAGAAGAUUGAAUUGAAUCUGAAUCAAAGGUUCUUUCUUUUUGGUGUUUUCUUUGUCUUCACUUUCUCACAACUUGUUAGUUAGUUUUCAACGGGUAUCAGUUAAGCUUUAGGCCUUUAUAUUAUUGUUGAAUGAUCAAGCAUAUGAUCAGAAGAAGCCCGUUUGUGUAGAUUAAUUAAUUGUAUGUGAGGAAAAUGAAGAUCAUUAAUAAUUUUUUUGUUUCUUUGUGAAUUGUGUACGUAACAUAGUAAAAUGAUCGUAAUUG